AUGCACCACGUUUUUCUCAUAUCUGAGCUCAUCGAGCUCAUCUUCCAGCAGAUUGAAUGCCAAGAGACGCUGUUUCGUCUCUCGAGAGUCUGCCAUGUAUUCAAAGACCCUGCCCUCGACGCCCUCUAUGGUAGUAUCCAGAGUCUUCCGAGGCUGCUAACUUGUCUCUCUUCAGACUUAUUGGAUGCGACGCCUGGUGGGGAUGGAGGGGCUUCCUUCAAGAACUUCUGCAGAGAGCUAACACACGAUGAUUGGGCCUCGCUAGCAUCCUACGCUCGUCGGGUCAAGAAUCUGGACAUCAAAGUCAGCAUUCACCGGCGGCUGCACAAGGACACUUUUGACGCACUAUGCAAGUGCCCCAUCCCUCUCUUCCCAAGAUUGCGCACGCUACGACUCAGCGGCACGAUCUACUUGGCAUCGCUCCACCGCAUCGUGUUGACCCCUUCCCUUCGUGUCUUGCAUAUCCCAGAUGUCACAGCCGACGAUUUUAUUUCCAACGCGCCUACUCCCUACCUAUAUUGUCCAAACAUCGAGUCAUUCACCUGCCUUGACAAGGGCACUGGCAGAGACCCAGCCAAACUGAUGCGGUUGGCCAAGACGCUAUGCCGGUGGAAAUACCUCCACCAUCUGGACUGCGGACCUCUGAACGUAGAGAUUCUGGCGCAUCUUGCGCACGCGAGUUCACUGGGAACACUGGUAAUACCCGUGAUGUCAAGCGAUACAUGGCUCUCAGAGCGGUACAGACUUCGAGACGUGGAUGAGCUCAACCUGGUCAUCGACAGCAUUGACACGUGGGCUAGGGCGCUUCGUGCGCUAUUCCAGGAUAAUGAGGGCUCAGAAUCGCACUCCGACAAGUCCACUUAUGCAAGUCUGCGCGCUCUAACGAUGACAAUGACUCCUAUCCAAGGUGUCUUGUCCGUCCAGGCUCCGGCGCAACGUGUCCCUUCACCUCCAUCACUCAUCUCCUCCACUCUGUCCUCGCUCGUCUGCCGCAAGCACCUCUCCGUACUCAAGCUCUCGGACUACUGGUCGAGCCCGCUUCCCAAAGGCCGCUUUGGCAUCGAAGAGCUUACUCCACUUCGCGGCUUUGCACAGCUCAGAGAGCUCGUUAUCAAGUUCCGCAGCUACCCACUGACAUUCGAUGACAUGGAGCUCGCGGCGCUUGUGUCGUACUGGCCGAGGCUCGAGCGCCUGCACCUGACUAAGCUCGAGCAGCCUGUGUCUCUGACAGGUCUCAUUGCGGUCCUUCAGGCGUGCCCGAGCUUAUGCUAUCUCGAUCUCGCCGUGCGGUUAGACCCGGCUGACGUCGCCAAUGUUAGCGCUAGCUCUCCGCUACCGCGCAACGCGUAUAUAACUUGGAUGGACCUCGAACAUACCCACGAGCGCGCCAAGGAUGCCGAUCCUCUGGCACGCCUACUGCAUUGCAUGCUUCCCUCACUACUAUCGUGCGAUCGCUCCGUUUCCUCACGUGGUAGAGAUGCAUGCAGCCCCGCAGAGGCGAGGAGAUGGAUGUUGAGCUGGCGCCGGAGGACGACGGAGCCAAGGGAGUGGAGGGCGAGGUUCUGGCUACUGGUCUUUGCGGAGAUGCAUCGGUUGAAAGAGCUAGAGGAAGUCAAAGAGUCUGAAAAGUGGGUUAACCCGCUUGCGAAAUCGGUUGCUGCUGCUCUCAGUCUCUACCGACGAGAGUGAAGGACUUGAGCAAGUUCAUCUCCCGGCGGUCUUGAGCUCUCUUCGAUGAAUUGUUUGCGGAUAAAUGCAUUGCUCUAGGCUUUGCCACAUAAAUGGCGGAGGCGCUCAUCAC